UUUCUAGUGGACGGAACGCUUCUUUCAACAUCAGCAACAGUUAGACACCUCCGUAGCUUGCUAGACAAAAUAGCCGAACCAAUAAAGCUCUUUAGACGCUUUCGUGUUUAUUAACCACCGUGUUUUCAACCCAUUUCUGUCGUCUAGUUAGUUAUCAGAUUUAUUUUCAUAUAUACGGUGUUGUUAUUAGUCAGCUAGCGGGCUGGUUAAGUUAGCAUUAGCCUAACCAUGCGGUCACUAAGCUACUCUCCUUCUGCUAAAGAAGAGGAAGUCUACUGGACGGAGAAAGAAACUCCCGUGAAAGAAGAGGAGGCUGUUGCAGUAAAAAAAGAAGUAGAGGGUGAGGCUGUUACCGUGAAAGAAGAAGAGAAAGACGUUUCAGUGAAAGAAGAGGAAGACUCGUUCAGAGUGAAAAAGGAGGAGGAGGAGGAUGUUACAGUAAAACAAGAAGUAGAGGUUGAGGCUGUUACCAUGAAAGAAGAAGAGAAAGACGUUUCAGUGAAAGAAGAGGAAGACGCGUUCAGAGUGAAAGAGGAGGCGGAUGUUACAGUAAAAGAAGAGGAAGAUGCGUUCAGAGUGAAAGAGGAGGAGGGGGAGAUGACUGUUACAUCGAAAAAGGAGGAGGAAACUGGAUAUUUGGGCCCGGUUUCCCAAAGCCAUCUUAAGGCAUCCAAUGGUUCUAACAAUGAAUUUAGCCAUAAGAUGGUUUUGAGAAACCGUUCCCUGAUUAACACUAGAGAGAGAUGUGACUAUCGUGGAUCCUCUGGGGAGCCUCAACAACAACAACAUGAUGCUGAAGUGGCAGAGACAUGUCUCUCCAGAUCAGAACUCCUCAAGAGACACCAGCAGAAACCCACAUGGAGGAAAUAUUACCACUGCUGCUCUGACUGUGGUAAAAGAUUCAACUAUUCAGUAGAACUUAAAAUACAUCAAAGACAUCACACAAGAGAGAAACCAUAUGGCUGUGCUCAAUGUGGGAGAAGUUUUGUUUAUCCUUGCCAUCUGACUGAACACCAGAGAACACACACAGGAGUGAAACCAUUUAGCUGUGAUCAAUGUGGGAAGAGUUUUGCUAAAUCUAGCCAUCUGACUGAACACCAGAGAACACACACAGGAGAGAAACCAUAUAGCUGUAAUCAAUGUAGGAAGAGUUUUUCUACUUCUAGCUAUCUAACUACACACCAGAGAACACACACAGGAGAGAAACCUUAUAGUUGUGAUCAAUGUGGGAAGAGUUUUACUCGGUCACACAGCCUGACUAUACACAAGCGGACACACACAGGGGAAGAGAUACUCUGAUUAAACAUAAAAUACAUGAAGGAGUUGUUUCAUGAUAUCAAUGAAAUAAUGUCACAAUGUAGAAUGUUUUAACAUUGUAGUAGGAGUAUUCUAAUGAUAUCACAAUGUAGAACCCUAAUUGUUUGUCCCCUGUUCCAUUGAUUUCAACAUUAUAUGGAAAUCCAGGCUCUGAAUUGGAAGAGUACUAUUCAUGAGAUUCAACAAAAAGUGACUAACAAAAAAAAGUGUUGUGUUACACUUACUCUUCAAUGUUUAUGUUUUCAAUUUAUCCCAAACUGUUUCUACAUAUUGGUUAUUGUUUUGGACAUGUUAAAACUGUGUUUUGACAUUGGGCUAUUCCCAUUUAGCAAAAUGUAAUUGAAAAGAUGUUGAAAAUCAUGGACGCAGUAUAAUGAAUUGGUCUAUGAUACAAUUUUAUUAACAAUCCUACAUCACUCCAGCAUUUCUUUGGAACAUUCAAAUGCUAAUUGUCUUUAUUCCACUACUGAAGAAGUAUGUCUCAAAUCACCUCAUAUUUCAAACAUUCAGCCUGACAAAAGAUACAUGUUUUAUUAUUCCAUGCCUCACCAUUCAGUUAUUAUUGCCAAUACAUAUUAACAAAGGGGUGUA